AUGGGAGCGAUAGCUACGACCAACGAGAAGCUAACUGCAAGUCUGGCAAAGUUGAGUUUGCCGAAAUGUCACCCAGAUGUAUUUUCUGGAGACGCUACGAUGUUCCAUCCUUGGAAAAGCGCAUUUAAAGGAAUGACAGAAAGUUGCAACGUCACCCCAGAGAACGAAAUGAACUAUCUAUGCAUGUAUACAACCGGCGAGCCACGAAAGUUGGUGAACAGUUAUCGGAAAAGACGUCAUAAAGACCUUGAGAAACUGUUGAUGGAACUAUGGAUGGAAUUGGAAAAGCGUUUCGGCAACGUCGCAGUAAUUACAAACGCAUUUCUUACAAGACUUCGAGAAUCAGCCAGAUUUGGAGAAUAUGAUAAGAAGAAACUCCAAGCAUUCUCAGAUCUGUGCUCGGACGUGGUUUCGCAAGUUAGUCAACUUCCUGGCUUAGCAUGCCUCAACUAUCCAAACGCCAUUCGACCCAUCCUCUAUAACUUACCAGAAUCCCUUCGCAACAGAUGGGACAAGCAAGUCGUUGAAUUCACUCUGAAAAACAAAGACGCUUAUCCUGAUUUUACCGUGUUUGCCUCCAUGAUCGAGAAACAGUCCCUACUCAAGAAUCACCCAAACGUGACAGCUUUCGAGAAACGAGGAAAGGGAGAUCGGAGAAAGCCUUUUAUCCCACCACUUAUCCCACCAGAGGACCCCCUGCAUACGGUCUUGGCGGGAGAAACUAAAACAGAAGAUGAAGAAGUUAAAGAAAAACACUGCCGUAAUGGAUCAAAGAGGAAAAGUUAUGUUUCCGAUGCUUGGUUGCAGGACACAUAG